AUCUGCUUUUUGCCGCUCUCGUUUGUAAAAUGAUUCUGAUUUGCGUUCAUCAAUAACGUUUUUAUCAGAAAUCCAGAACCAUGCCGAUCUCCUGUUCAGCUGUCGAUUGCUCGAAUCGGUUCGUCAAAGGAUCAGAGAUUCGAUUCUACAGGUUCCCGAUCAGCAAGCCUCAGCUGGCUGAGCAAUGGGUACGAAGCCUCGGGAGAAAAAACUUUGUUCCCACUCAGAACUCGUGUUUGUGCUCGGAGCAUUUUCAGCCUGACUGCUUCCGUGACUAUAAUGGAAAACUGUUUCUCAGAGAGGAUGCAGUGCCGACUAUUUUCUCAAACUCUGGAGGAGAUGGUUCAAAGAUCGAGCUGCGGAAAAACCGAGGAGGAUUAGUGGCAAAGGAUGCCAACGAUUCUAGUCGAUUUGCUUCACUUUCUGGACCGAAGGACAGAAGACAACCUAUAAGAGACUCCAGCAUGAAGGGCAGAGGCAUGAAUGAUCGGAGACGUGGAGGAGGGAAACUCUCCUCAAUCGACAGACAGUCGCUGUCUCUGAAGAGUAAAGUGUAUGACAGUAAAGGCAUGCUGAUCUCCUGUGGGAAGGAUCUGUGUGACUGUCUGGACGUGGACUGUAUGGGCUGCUUCUAUCCAUGUCCUGAAUGUGGCUCUCGGAAGUGUGGUGUCGAAUGCCGCUGCGACCGCAAGUGGCUGUAUGAGCAGGUGGAGGUGGAGGGAGGAGAGAUCAUCCGCAAUAAGUUUGCCAAUUAGUCAACCUGUUGGAAGAGCGAGAAGAUAAUAUUAUUGCUGCUUUUCAGCAUUAAGGACCGGCACUAACUCUGUAAAUGGACAUUCCUGGGGUACAUGGCUCAUUGGGUGUAUUGUUUAAUUUUUUAAAUGUAAACAUUUAAUAAAGAAUGCUAUCUUA